GUGUCCCCGAACGCAUCAGCAAAGAGUGUGUGGCUCUCGCUUGUUCAAUGAAGUCGUCCGCUUCGGGGAGAAACUUCUCCAACACCUGACUCUUUUAAAUGGAUGCUAAAUGCAUCUAAACCACACAACACGGACUUGAAUAUAUUCCCAGAGUUACAUGUCCAGACCCGGCGCACACACCCAGCCUUGUAGUAAGCUGCACCGUCAAGGAAAUUCCUCAAGCCUCCAGGGUCGUAUUUGUACUUUCAUUAUCAGGCAGUUCUUGCAGCUGCACAAGCUUCUGUUUCCACGACAACACGAACCACUCAAGAGGUCGCUGGACAUUUCAUUUGACUAAAUUGUUCCCAUGAUGGAACUUUGAAGGACGGAGAUGGACUUAUCAUGACCCGGUUUGGAUCCAUCUGAUCAUUUGUCCAACAGCAGUACGACAACGCUGCCUGCAGACGCUAAUGGCCACCGAAGAAAAUCAAACCUCAGUCGGAACCGUCCUGGAUAAGCGUUCAACACCUCCGUCCGACAGGGAAACCAGACAGUCAAAUGACGGCCGGGAAGUCCGUCAGCACCCGGAUCAAUCUUGGCUGCCCAAGCAGUGCAACAGCCCCGCUCUUUUUUACUACAGGAAGUUGUUAUGCGACUGUGAGAAAGACGCCAUUUUGGACCAGAAAUAUUUCGAGGAGAAGCUAUUGGUUGGUAAAAAAAUGGACGGACUAACUUCAAAGCUCGGAUCAGGACGAUCUUUGCGGCAUCUGGACUUUGGCGACAACCAGAGUCCCACAUCCAAGUUCAGCUCCAGCAUCUUUUGGGCCAACCGGCGGCACGUCCGUCGCUCCAGCCUGCCUGUGUCAACGCUGGAGUUCCAUAAGACAACGCUAUCCUGCUGCACUUCCUCCAGCGAACCCAAUUCACUGGUAUCGUCUCCCUGUAUCUCCCCUCUGCUACCCGCUCGCUGUCAGCGGCGCCACAAUGGACACAUCCGCAGGCACCAAGUCAAAACCGAAUACGUGACAUUCGAGGGUUUGGAUAAGAAGCCAAGUAGAAGCUCCUUGGAAACGUUCUUCCUGCGACGGGCAUCACUUGAAUCCAUGCAGGAUGAGAGAAUGUCAUCGGAAUGUCGGGACGGGAGAUGCAGCAGCAGUAGUAGUGAUGGGGAGGUUGAAGAGCAUGACUCGGAAUUUGUAAGGAACCGUAAUGAUCGGUCCACCGUUCUGGUGAGGCGGUUCUUUAAGAACAAUCAGAAGAUGACCAAGUCGGUUUGCACUGGAACAAGAGCAAUCGUCCGGACGUUGCCGUCAGGACACAUCUCCGAGGAAGCCUGGGAGAAGGUAGUUUGCUACUUGACAUGGCGACCGAGCAAGAAGGAUAUUCGGCCAAUCCGAAUGCGACACGUUGGGGAACACCGUAGGAUCUGCACCACGAUGUUGCAGUUUGUCUGGACAAAGAUGCACAAGGUAGCCAACAAUGUUCAGGAUGCAGUCCAACUUAACUUGACUCAUCCCGCCAAAAAACUGCUGCUGCUUCUGGUUCGGCCUGCAUGCAUCAGCAAUUUUCAACAUUCCGACUGGCCGCUGUAUCCCGUCAGCGGUUGUCCACCAGGACCGGAUCAGAGGAACCUUCCUGAUCACAGCCAGGGAUCUUAUCCACUCAGGUCUUAUCUGGCGUCUGAUCAUCGGACGUCUGUGUGCUCCCUGCUGACCGGAGCCCUUCUGGACGCCACGACCGCUCUCGGGGCUCGCUCUGGCCUGCCCUACCCCCUUGGACAGUCCCCCAACAUGCUGAAAGAGCGUCAGCUGGCUAACAACAUGGCUACCACCAGCAAUAGCGCUCUUCCUCCUAGCGUGAGCGGGAUCAGCAAAGAGCUCGCCGAUCUGCGGCACCUUGUGCAGUUCCCCGAGGAGAUCGCCUGCAUCGUGACCGAGCAGGAGCAGCAGCUCUACCAACGGGUAUUUCCCCAGGACUACCUGUGUUUUCUGACCCGGGACUUGAGUAUCCCCGAGAAUCAAACCAGGCGCCACGCGAACCUUAAGGCCUCCCUUUCUGUGCCCAACAUGCCGUCUGACACCGCCCAGCGCAGUAACGCCGUGGAGGACCUAGUGGCACGUUUCAAUGAGGUGAGUUCAUGGGUGACAUGGCUGGUCCUGACUGCUAGUUCUAUGGAAGAGAAAAGGGAAGUGUUCUCCCAUCUGGUCCAUGUGGCUAAGUGCUGUUGGAACAUGGGGAACUAUAAUGGUGUCAUGGAGUUCCUGGCAGGACUCAGAUCCCGCAAAGUGCUGAAGAUGUGGCAGUUCAUGGACCAGUCCGACAUUGAGACCAUGAGAAGCCUGAAGGACGCCAUGGCACAGCAUGAGUCCUCCUCGGAGUACAAGAAGGUUGUCACCAGAGCGCUGAAUAUCCCAGGAUGCAAAGUGGUACCUUUCUGUGGGGUGUUCCUGAAAGAGCUGAGCGACGCAUUAGAUGGCACCGCUAGCAUCAUCAGCCUCAAACCACCUGCGGAUAACACAGAAGACACAAUAGAGUUUGUGUCCGACUACAGCGGACAGCAUAGCUUCUUGUCUCGCGUUGGCCCAGACGGUCUUCAUGUGCCGGAGAAAGAGACCACAGUCAACAACAUCCUGCAGAUUAUCAGAUCGUGUAAUCGCAGUUUGGAGGCGGAGGAUCCCGAUGAAGCGUCCACCUGCCCUCAGUCUUCUUGCGGACCGACUCCGACGUCCAGAAACAACUCCCUCCGGGACCGCUCCCGAUAUCAUUCCCAAUCAUUUAGGAUGUCCCAAGAAUCCAAAAAUGUCUUGUUCAUGGUCGGGGACUUAUCCGACUCUGAAGGCGACCUCUCGUCGGAGCCUGCAGCUAACGAGACGGAGUUCCAAGGCACCGAGGAAACACAUAAAGCGUUCUGCCAUGGCACUGAGCUCAUUCCCUGGUACGUAUUAUCGCUACAACCAGAUGUGCACCAGUUCCUGCUGCAAGGAGCCACGGUCAUCCACUACGACCAGGACAGCCACUUAACGGCCCGUUGUUUGCUUAGACUCCAGCCUGACAACACCACUCUCACUUGGGGUAAGCAUCAAUGUGGAGGCGUCGCACCACCGGGACCGGGUCAAGCAGUGGUAGCAGGACUUGCCGAGGGUCUUCUUGACCUUCUAGUGGUGAAGGCCGUGUUCCUGGGUCACCAAGGGGUGGACGUCCAUGCCGUGUGCUUGCAGAAUAAACUAAGCCAGAUGACGGUGGAAGAGAAUGGUCUCAGUAUCCUCUACGGGGUCAAUACUACUGAGAACAGACUGCUGCACUUUGUCGCCCCCAACUACACCACACAAAUGCUGUACAAGGGUCUGUCAGAGUUGGUGAACGCCACCAGGAAGCUGAAGAAAUUUCCGGACCAAAGGCUGCAGUGGCUCAGGAGGCAAUAUGUCAGUCUUUAUCAGGAGGAGGGUCGAUACGAGGGGCCAACGCUACCUCAGGCUAUUGAGCUAUUUGGUGGGCGAAGGUGGAACAUGGGAGCAAGUGGAGGUGAAAAGUCUGCAACCCCCAAAAACAGUCCUCUAGGCAUCAGUGACAAGGCCAAAAAGAAGAAGAAGAUUCUUGUCAGGGGGGACAGCGGGGAUGCCACUGAUGAUGAGAUGGUGUCCAGGAAAACACGCAGCUGUAAGGAGGGCCUGUAUCGGAACGGACCAGAGUCCGACAGCAUCGACCAAGAGGAUCCAGACGACAGCUUCCCGGGAUCGUUGUCCCUGUCCUGUAAAGGAAGUCCAGGACUACUGGCCUCUUCGUCUUCUUCCUCCUCAUCCUCCAGCAUGGCAAGCUCCAACCAAUCCCAUCCACAAUCUUCUCCAAUCCUCUCAGGGACCUCCAAGGCGCAGCCAGGGGCGUGGAGCAGCAGGUCGUGGCACGGUCGUGGCAAAGGAUGUUUCAAAGGCUUCCAGAACCUCAUCAUCUCUGACAGCACCAUGAGCUUCGUCGAGUUUGUGGAGCUCUUCAAGUCAUUCAGUAUUCGGAGCAGGAAGGACCUGAAGGAGCUUUUCGACACAUACGCUGUCCCCUGUAGUCAAUCCACUCCAGAGUUGACUCCUCUCUACACCAGCCUGAAGAUUGAUGACAGAGAUGUGGGCCUUCAACCAGACCUUGGUACUGACCUUGACCUUCUAACCCGCAACGGCUCCGACUUGGAUCUCUUCAUCCGCACAAGACAGCAGAUGUCCAACAACCAGAAGCAGAUCUCCGAUGCCAUCGCGGCCGCCAGCAUCGUGACCAACGGGACGGGCGUGGAGAGCGCGUCGCUGGGUGUGCUGGGUUUGGCCAUACCUCAGCUCAAUGACUUCCUGGUUAACUGCCAAAGGGAGCACCUGAGCUAUGAUGAAAUUCUCAGGAUUAUACAGACAUUUGAGCCUUCAUCAACCAUGAGGCAGAACGGCUGGAUGUCCUUUGAAGGCUUUGCAAGGUACCUCAUGGACAAAGAGAACUUUGCCUCCCGUAACGAGGAAUCUCUGAUGAACCCUGAGGAGCUCCAGUAUCCUCUGUCCUACUACUUCAUUGAAUCUUCUCACAAUACUUACCUGACUGGACACCAGCUCAAAGGAGAGUCAUCUGUGGAGCUUUACAGUCAGGUCCUGCUCCAAGGAUGUAGGAGUGUGGAAUUGGACUGUUGGGAUGGAGAUGACGGCAUGCCGGUCAUCUAUCAUGGACACACCCUUACUACUAAAAUACCGUUCAAGGAUGUGGUGGAAGCCAUUAACCGGUCGGCGUUUGUCAACUCCGACAUGCCAGUCAUCCUGUCCAUAGAGAACCACUGCUCCCUGCCGCAGCAACGCAACAUGGCCAACAUCUUUAAGACGGUGUUUGGGGAACGUCUCGUGACGCGCUUCCUGUUUGAGAGCGACUUCAGCGACGACCCUCACCUGCCAUCGCCAUUGCAGCUACGUGGGAGGAUCCUGCUGAAGAACAAGAAGCUGAAAGCCCAUCAGGCACCCGUGGACAUACUCAAGCAGAAGGCUCACCAGUUGGCCCACUUGCAGGCCCAGGCCAGCAACGGAUCACCGGUGGGUUCCUCGCCUGGCAGCCAUGCCAACGAGGAAGACGAUGAGGACGAAGACGAGUACGACUAUGACUACGAGUCUCUAUCAGACGAUAACCUGUUAGAGGACAAACCGGAAGGAAAGAACUCCACCGAUAAAGAGGAUCAGCCGGCGGACGAAGCGCCCAAGCUGAAGAUGAAGAAGUCCGACAGCAGCACUCAGCAGAGCAAAGGAAAGGUGUUCGACAUGGAGCUGGGCGAGGAGUUCUACGUCCCUCACAACAAGAAGGAGAGCCGUCAGAUCGCACAGGAGCUGUCUGACCUCGUCAUCUACUGUCAGGCUAUUAAGUUCCCAGGCUUGUCCACGCUGUCUCCAGGCGGCUCCGGUAGAGGGAAGGACCGUGGCAAAUCCAGGAAGUCCAUAUUUGGCACUGCCCCCGCUCGCUGCGCCACAACGGGGGAGGUCUCGGUGCAGAACCGCCCCCCUGGGAGAGGUGGUGGCGAGCGUCUAAGCUGGGAGGAGCAUCAUCAGCAGACAUCAGCGGUGGCGACGACGACGCUCACCCCGCCCACGUCCCUGAGCGCCAUUAUCCGCACGCCGAAGUGCUACCACAUCUCGUCCGUGAACGAGAACGCGGCCAAGCGUCUUUGCCGCCGAUACUCGCUGAAGCUCAUUCAGCACACGGCCAACCAGCUGCUCAGGACGUACCCGGCUGCCACCCGCAUCGACUCCACCAACCCCAACCCCCUCCUCUUCUGGCUGCACGGCAUCCAGCUGGUGGCCCUCAACUACCAGACGGAUGAUCUCUCCAUGCACUUGAACGCAGCACUGUUUGAGGACAAUGGCGGCUGCGGCUACGUCCUGAAGCCAGCUGUGCUGUGGGACCGCAGCUGUCCACUCUACCAGCAGUUCUGUCCCACGGAGAGAGACGUGGACAGAGGCAGCCCGGCCGUUUAUUCCCUCACUAUCGUGUCGGGUCAGAACGUGUGUCCCGCUAACGGCUCGGGCAGUCCCUGCGUGGAGGUGGACGUACUGGGCACGCCCGGCGACAGCUGCCAUUUCCGCACCAAGCCCAUCCACCGCAACACGCUCAACCCCAUGUGGAGCGAGCGCUUCCACUUCGGCGUUCACUUCGAGGACCUCUGCUUCCUGCGCUUUACCGUGGUGGAGAAUAACAGCUCUCAGACGACCGCUCAGAGGACUUUGCCCCUUAGGGCCCUCAAGCCUGGUUAUAGACACGUACAGUUGAGGACGCAACAUAACGAAUCCAUGGAAGUGUCCACCUUGUUCAUCUACAGCCGAAGAGUAGAAGAAACCCCAGCAGGGGGCACCGCUACUUCAUCCCAGAUGUUCAAUUCCGAGGAGAAACAUGCAAGCCAAGAUCAUAAAGUAACCGUUCAUGGAGCUCCUGGACCAGAACCUUUUACCGUGUUUUCCAUCACUGAGCAAACCACCGUUAAACAUCUACUAGAUGCAAUUGUACCAUCAGAGUGCAAUGACUACUUCCUGUACGAGGAGAAGCUUCCCUUAGCCAAGGAGCGUGGCGACUCCAAGCACUCUUCCCAACGCCGAACCCUGGCGGCUGAGGAUGUGGUGGUUAAAGUGGUCUCGAGCUGGGACACGGAGGAAGGAUACGUGGGAAAGAUUGGUCUCCAAUCCAGAGAAGAGAAUUUAAACGAGAACAACACGGUGGUGGAGGGUGAAGAGGAGGUGACAGACAUCGUCGGAGGAGGAGCAUCAGAGGAGGACAUGUUCUUUGUCCAGGUCCAUGAAGUGUCUCCUGAGCAGCCUCACACGGUCAUCAAGGCUCCUCGCUACAGCUCAGCACAGGACAUCAUACAACAGACUCUCGCCAAGGCCAAGUACUCCUACAGCAUCCUCUCCAAUCCCAACUCCAGCGACUACGUCCUGAUGGAGGAAGUGACCAAGGACGUCCCCUCCAAGAAGUCAUCUGCCGCCAAGCCCGUGCAGCGAGUCCUUCUGGAUCAGGAGUGCGUCUACCACGCUCAGAGUCGCUGGAGGGGGGCGGGAAAGUUCAUUCUCAAAUUGAAGGAACAGGUGGUGCGUGAGGACAAGAAGAAGAUGAUGUCCUUCGCCAGCGAGCUGAAGAAGCUGACCAGCCGCAGUCGUAGCCUGACGACGGGCGUGGGCGUGGUGGACGGUGCCGCCCACAGUAAGGAGGAGAGAGCUGCAUGCUGCCUGGCUCUCACUGAACUGCACGAGUGAGCCCCCGGGUGUGAUGUCUGUGCAUGACGAGAGAGAGAGCGUGCAACGCAGGGUACCUGUCGGCUGCCACGGGGCUGAAGGCGUGGAUGGCAGAGAGCAAAGCCGGGGCGGGACGUCUCCUGCACGUCUCUUCUUUCUCCACUAGAGGGCAGCAUCGACCCGCCGACAUCCCCUUGCCCCCAGUCAGUCCUCUGACGUGGAAGCUUCACCUCCUCAGGAACUGGAAGAUACACAAAUGACCAGAGAGGAGUUUGGCGUUAAACCUCGCCGGAUACGUUUCCGACCCUUUCUUGAUUGCUCACCGGUGUGUGUGUGUGGCUCCGCCUCUGGCUCCGCCUCUGACUCCGCCUCGCUGGUCCAACGUGUCGAUAAGAUGGAAAGAUGGAACCAAGAAAGACAAGCUGGCUUGUAGACUUUCUGUUUAGUGUUCGGUGGUCCUGUAAGACGAACAUUUAGGCACAAACUCUGGAAAAAAAAAAGCCUGUUAUGGAUCAUAAACAUAACACGUUUAUUUGCCCUCAACUGUGUCUUGUGACUAGCAGACUAGCUGAGUAAUAGCAAUAUAAGCCAGACGUAGAAGAAGGUUUAUUUUCGGGCUAAAUUCCUUCAUUGAAAUGCAGCCUGAUGCUCUUCUAACUGUAUUUUGCACAUUUUAUGUAUUUUAUUUGUCUUUGAAGAGGCUUGAAUGUCAUUGGAUGAUCUAAAAACAUAUUUACAUAAACACUAGAGGAUUGUUAUUAAGGUUAUUUAUCAAAUGGCUUUUUUGAAGCUUAAAUAAUAAUUUGGAGCGCAUGAGAAAAUUGAAAGGAAAAAGUGACAUGUUUUUGAUUUUUUUUUAACUAGGGAUGUCUGAAAAUUAUCGACCUGAUAUCAUCAUAAAAUGUGAUAUCAAUUUUUUGAAGCUUUUUUGAAGCUUCAAUAAUAAUUUGGAGUGCAUGAGAAAGUUGAAAGGAAAAAGUUACUUUUUUAAAUAUAUUUUUACUGGUGAUGUCCGAUAAUUAUCGGCCUGAUAUCAUCAUAAAAUGUCAUAUCGGUUGAUAUCAGAUUUUUUGAAGCUUAUAUAAUAAUUUGGAGCGCAUGAGAAAGUUGAAAGGAAAAAGUGACUUUUAAUUUUUUUUUUUUUUACUAGGGAUGUCCGAUAAUUAUUGGCCUGAUAUCAUCAUAAAAUAUGAUAUCGGUUGAUAUCGGAUUUUUUUGAAGUUUUUUUGAAGCUUAAAUAAUAAUUUGGAGCACAUGAGAAAGUUGAAAGGAAAAAGUGACUUUUUAUUUUUUAUUUUAAUUUUUUUACUAGGGAUGUCCGAUAAUUAUCGGCCUGACAUCAUCAUAAAAUGUGAUAUCGGUUGAUAUCAGAUUUUUUGAAGCUUUUUUGAAGCUUAAAUAAUAAUUCGGAGUGCAUGAGAAAGUUGAAACGAAAAAGUGACUUUUUUUGACACGGGAUGUCUGAUAACAAUCAGCCUGAUAUCAUCAUAAAAUGUGAUAUCGGUUGAUAUCGGAUUUUUUAAAGCUUUUUUUGAAGCUGGAAUAAUAAUUUGGAGCGCAUGAGAAAGUUGAAAGGAAAAAGUCGCUUUUUUUUUUUACACAGGAUGUCUGAUAAUAAUCGGCCUGAUAUCAUCAUAAAAUGUGAUAUCGGUUGAUAUCGUUAUCUGAUUUUUUUUUUUCCUGAUCAAGAAAAACAAUAUUUUAAAAAAUGCUGUAUACAACAUAUACUGUUUGUGUUGGUUCCACCACAGGAGAUAUGUCAUUUUACGCAUAUAUCGGUAUCAGAAAUUUAGAGUAGGACAAUGUUGUUUUUGGCAAAAAUAUCACUUAGUUUUUAUGUUAUUAUGUUUAGUAUAUGGCACAACACAGCAGCAACACAACCAAUGCUGUAAUAGCCAGCAUGAAUAGCACAGAUGACCUCAUUGUAAACAAAGCGGCAAGUGUAACAGUUUCAUCCUACAAUCAGGAGGUUGCCUACAGCCACAGCUGUUAAUGUUAAUGUUUUGAAAGCUUACAGAAGCCGCGCGGUGAAACAUCAUCCUGUUUAUUUCUUUAGACUUCAGCCUGGUUGAUUCCUAGAAGAUUGGAUUUGAAUGGCGCCGCAUCUGCUUUAGACACACAUGAUUAGCUUCCUCAUUAGGUUUUUAUGACGCAUUUACAACUUUUUGGCAUUUCUAAGCAAGAUGCUAUGCUCCUGUAGAUCAUUAACACUAAAUAUGACAUUAGCUCACAUUCCAUUUUCCGACAGGAAGUGCAUUUAAAUCAGCUUUAUUGGGAGGACAACUGUUGUUUUGGGUAAAGAGGUUUUGUUUUCAAGAUUAGAUCAUGUUCAAGUGAUCGAUUUAUUGUCGGAAUUGGAGCAUUAAAAAAAUAAUAAUGUAAUAACCGACUGCGUAUUACUCGUAAUACAAAGAGGACAUUGAAUUGGUGGUAAGGGAUCAGCUCUUAAUUGUGGUGAUAAUGUGUUUAGGAUCUUAAAAAUACCGACGGUGCAUUUGGUUGUUAUUUAUUGGAACGUUUAAAGCCCUGGUUGGCGUCUUAACUGUUCUAGAUUGGAUUUCUUGUUUGUAAUUUAUUUCAAUAUCGAGCUAUAUUCUGUAUAUAUGUUGAGAAAGAAGAUGAUUUACUUUUCAGAGGACGUUUGAAUCCUUGUGUAAAACUAUGUUAUUGUUGCUUUGAGAAUUCCGAGGCUAUUUGAAACAGUCCCAAUUAUAUCCACUGACACUUUUGUUUGUGUUGUCUUCUUACUUGAAUUUUUCAGCCGACGGACGAUAACUGUGGAUGUGUUGCAUAGCGGAAUAAAAACACUAAAUAUGAA